UCUUAAGCGUUUCCUUCAUCUACACUCGCUUGUUUCAUAAGCACAAAAGGGGUAGCAGUUGCUUUACUGCGCUCGCUGACGUGGAUAGAGGUGACUUUGAACGUCGAAGUGAUGUGCAGUGUGUACAUCACUUCCUCGGCGCUGAAAUGUGCGUCCGGCAAAAACACCUUGUAAUUUGUAGUGUUACAGUUAAAUAACAUGUAUGCAAUGUCCGAGUUAGAUGAUCUUGCAGCUACUUGAACAGCUGCCCUCUUUUAUUGUGCAACGAAUAUCCAGGGAAUAUGGGGUUGAGUUUAGGAAGGCUGGUUAUCUGCCUCCUGCUGAUAUGGCUAGUGGUGUUGCUGAUGAUUAGCGGGCCAUUAUUCCACAACAAUGAACCGGAUGAGCAGGUGGUUGCACGACUCACUCGAGCCGUUGGUGAAUUGGAGUCACUGAAGCAGCAGAAUGAAGAGCUACGGUCGCUCCUGCAUUCCAUAAGAGACCCCUCUCUAGCAGAGCUACAAAAGCAAGAGCUACAGAAGGAACCUCAGAAGGAACCUCAGAAGGAAGCAGCAAAAAUAGAACACACAAGGGAAGGUGAGCCUUCAAAGGAGUACGAAGUGCUACGAAGAAAAGUAGAAAAUGGCAUCCGAGAGCUGUGGUUCUAUGCACGUGCACAGCUCAAGAAAGUAAAGAAGUCUCUGGAAGACCCCAAACCUGUUGACCGCAUUAUUCAAGACUUGGCUGUUCAUAAACGCACAAUCUUGACCGAUCUUGAAAAAUUGAGAGAAGCAGACGGCUACGAUGCUUGGCGCCAAAAAGAAUCUCGUGCCUUGAGGGCACUGGUGGAGCAGCGACUGUCGAGGCUACAGAAUCCGAAACAUUGUCCGUCGGCACGCAAGGUGCUCUGCAGCCUGAAUAAGGGCUGCGGUUACGGAUGUCAGGUGCACCAUGCUGCCUACUGUCUCAUUGUGGCAUACGGCACGCAGCGAACCCUCAUACUACGCUCCAAAGGUUGGCGGUAUGCUACCCAUGGAUGGGAGACUGUCUACCAGCCUGUCAGUAACACAUGCGUAGAUGCCACAGGUUCAAGCAAGUCCCAGUGGUCAGCAGGCCCUGACGAUGACGUCCAAGUGGUAGAGUUGCCAAUUAUUGACAACCUCCGCAAUCGCCCUCCAUACUUGCCCCUGGCGAUACCCCAGGACCUUGGCGAUCGUCUUACGCGACUACAUGGGAACCCACCGCUCUGGUGGGUUUCCCAAAUGAUGCAUUUUUUGAUGCGGCCUCAGAAGGACACCCAGGCACGUUUGGAUGCUGCUGCGAGGGACAUGGACUUCCGACACCCAGUUGUUGGUGUACAUGUGAGACGAACUGACAAGAUAGGAACAGAAGCAGGCUUUCACAGCUUGGAAGAAUACAUGGAGUACGUCGACGACUACUUCGACACCCUGGAGCUCCAAAGAGCCGUCCCAAAGCGAAGGGUGUACCUAGCCACGGACGACUCGAGCCUUUUGGGGCAGGCUCGCAACAGCUACCCUCACUACCACUUCUACGGGGAUGUUCAGGUUGCACAGUCGGCAUCCUUGGGCAAACGUUACUCUUCGGAAUCACUAAAAGGCAUUGUUUUAGACAUUCACAUGCUUUCAAAGACGGACUACCUCGUCUGCACGUUCUCUUCACAGGUGUGUCGAGUAGCAUAUGAACUGAUGCAGCUCGACUAUGUGGAUGCCUCUGACCGCUUUCGAUCCUUGGAUGACAUCUACUACUUUGGCGGUCAACGUGACCACAAUCAAAUUGCCGUGGCAAACCAUACAGCUCAAGAUGGCACACAAAUCGACUUCCAUGUCGGGGAUAUCUUGGGCAUUGCCGGUAAUCAUUGGGACGGAUAUUCCAAGGGCAUCAAUCGCCGUACGGGUGCGCAGGGACUUUAUCCAGCCUUCAAAGCGGUUGACCGCCUCGACCUGGUUCCCUUACCUACUUACGGGAAUGAAGACACAUAGGCAAUUCACUGCAGAGAGGGACUCAGCCUUGCAUUUUCAAGGUGUAGUUUUUCAUGAAUGAGGUUCAAGUGCUCAAAGUGAUACAACCUGCUGGACUUGCAUCAAACAGACUGGGAAAACAUGGGUGCUGCACUGUGCAAUUUUAUUUCCUGGUUAAUUGUUUUAAACCUAACGUUUUUGUUUUAAAACUUUUCUUCUUUUAGGGUUGAUUUCAGUUGGUGCACCUGUGGUUUGUUUUGGAGUGCACCAUUUUACAAUUUUAUUAAGAGAAUGGAUGGAGCAAAGGUAGGUGAUCUGCCAUCAUCGAGGUGGUCAACUGCAGUGCUUACCCAUGUACCUAUAGGCAAGCUAUUUCAUGAGUCAUCCUUUUAUAUAUUGAAAAGUGUGUUGUAUUAGGAGCAAUAAAUGUGUUGUUAUAUCAGGGA